AUGUUCUUCGGCUUCCUUCUUUUGUUGCCAAUCGUAAAUGGACAAGAUAAUGGGAUUGAAUUUGUUCUGGACGUUGGUUGUAAGUUGAACUGUGGCUCCAAUAUGACGUUCAUCACUGCCGAGCAUUAUAAAUUUCGGCCAAACCUUUCGACAAAUUUGUUAGCCAACAAAAUCUGCAUGCAGCAAUGCAUGCAUAUCAGUCUUCAAGCAAUGAAAAUUACUGAGACACGUGCUACAAAAUUAACAACAACAAUUUCAUUGCCAAAUACAGCAAGAAUCUUACCAUCCACACUUGGAAGAGAUUAUUUUGGUAAAUCUGAGACAAUUGUGGAUGUUCACUGCAAAUUGACAGGUGCAAAAUGCGGUCCCAACAUGAAGCUCAUCACUGUUAAGCAACGUUAUCAAUUUCGAUUAAAAUUUCCGAAAAAUUUAUCAUUCGAUAAAUCAAAAUGUGCGCAUUUACGUUUCUGUACAUUAAAUGAAAAAAUUAAAGACUACACAUGCAAAUUAACUGGUAAAAAAUGUGGUGAAAAUAUGAAAUUUAUCACAGUGAAUCGCAUUGAACCUAUACAAUUUUCGAUAGCUUUUGUUCUCUUUAAAUUUUGCAUUCAACAAUGCAAAUGUGCACGGAAAGAAUACAUUGAAAAAGAUGGCAAAUUUGGGAAGUUGGUUGAUUAUCGCUUUGUACCGCUUGAUGAAUACGAUAUACCUUUUCAGAUUAACCGUGUGGCCUAUUCAUAUGGUGAGGAAGUAUUUGAUUUUUCUUGCCAGUUGGCCGGCAGCAAAUGUGGACUGAACAUGAUGUUUGUGAACAUCGAUCCAUAUAAAUCACGUUUCGCCUAUCCGCAAUUUUCUUCCUCCGUUUUUUGUGUCGUACAAUGCGAAUGCAUCAAACCUUUUGAGGAAAAAGAUGGACGAUGCAUAUAA